AUGGAUUCAUAUGGUCGAAAAGUAAUUGUGGUUGACAAUGGAACUGGCUUUGUAAAAUGUGGUUAUGCUGGUUCAAAUUUUCCUGCACAUAUAUUUCCGUCAGUUGUUGGACGUCCCGUAGUACGUUAUUCGCAGAAAGUUGGCAAUAUAGAAGUUAAGGAUUUAAUGGUUGGUGAAGAGUGUACACAACUGAGACAAAUGUUGAACUGUAGCUAUCCUAUGGAGAAUGGAAUCGUAAGAAAUUGGGAUGAUAUGGCUCAUGUAUGGGACUAUACAUUUGGCCCAGAAAAGCUAGAUAUUGAUCCUAAAGAAUGUAAAUUGCUUUUGACGGAACCACCUCUUAACCCGAGUGAUAAUCGAGAAAAGCUUUUCCAAGUCAUGUUUGAGCAAUAUGGUUUCCAUUCGUUAUAUGUGGCUGUCCAGGCAGUACUCACUUUGUAUCAUCAAGGACUCCUCACUGGAGUUGUGGUGGAUAGUGGCGAAGGAGUCACUCAUAUUUGUCCAGUGUAUCAAGGUUUCGCCCUUAAUCAUUUAACCCGACGUUUAGAUAUUGCUGGUCGUGAUAUUACUCGCUUUUUGAUUAAAUUAUUACUGUUACGCGGAUAUGCCUUCAAUCAUUCAGCCGAUUUCGAAACAGUGCGUUUAAUGAAGGAAAAACUUUGUUACAUUGCUUAUGAUAUAGAACAGGAACAACGACUCGCACUUGAGACAACUGUCCUUACUGAAUCUUUCACUGUACUACCUGAUGGCAGAGUAAUCAGAGUUGCUGGCGAAAGAUUUGAGGCUCCUGAAGUGCUGUUUCAGCCGCAUCUCAUUGACAGUGAAAGGCCUGGACUUAGUGAACUUUUAUUUGGUGUUAUCCAGUCUGCUGAUAUUGGUUUAAUUUUUUAG